GAAGUGAUGACGUUUAGAGACGCAUCUAGAUGUCACGCUAACGUCGAGUGGCCGAGAGACUACUAAGGACACGAGAAAUUAGACGUCGAGAGUGUAGUUGCUGUUUUGUCAAGUGCAAAAAAAAAACACUAUUUUCUGAAGUGGUGGAAAAGGACAGAAAAGAAAAACAAGUGUUUGGCGAAACGACGAGAACAAAGAUUACGAGUUGGUUAGAGCUGUAUCAUAGACCUCAUCAUAGAUUACGAGUUGGCUUGAACUUCAUCAAAGGUUACGAGUUGGUCAGUAGAGCUCCGUCAUAGAUUCUCAUCUUGUGUAAUUCUGCUUUAGUAUACUGUACAACUGAUUCCCUUAGACUUACUUCUUCACUCACUCUGCUGACAGACUUAUUGACUCAUCCGUCACUCAUUGACUCCCGUUCCCGUGCACUCAUUGACUCCCUUGCUCACGGGCCCUGCGUAUUCCCUAAACGAUCUUGUUUGUCGGAAGCUUCAUAACAGAGUAACAAGUAGAAGUUUCUUCUUAGCGGUACAAAGUCUGUUUGAAGCCUCACAUAAAUAACUUGUGUGGAGACCCUACCUUGUCUGUGCAGAUAAAAAAGCGUAUUUCCAGUCUUUCUUUCUGUAUCAUGUGUGUGAAGAACUGUACGACGAGUAUCUCGUUUGUUACUCCUGUACUAGUAAGAAGUGUCAUCUUGCUGUCACUUAGUAACUUCCAAUUCCUAAUCCUUCUUUGGUAGUGCGCCAAGGCAGAGUAGAUUUUUUUGUUUGUAACUUCCAAUUCCUAAUCAUUCUUUGGUAGCGCGCCAAGACAGAGUAGAUUCUCUAGAAGUGGAACAGCGAAAAGAAUCUACAACUGCUACAGGUACACUUAGACUACUUACAUCAAAAUGGAUCCCCUUCGGAGACGAGGGGCAGCAAUGCUGCCAUCUGUGUUAGACAAGGUCGUGGCUACCGCAGCAAAGCAGGUGAAACCAGAACAGUUAAGAAAAUACACCUUGUUCAGCUCGAUCAAUCAAGCAGUAGGUGGCACGUUUUCGUAAGGGUAGGCUAAAGGUGUUUUUGUUACGGUUUGUCAGGGCUCUCUUAAGGGAGACAGGCAUAAUAAACGAACACCAAAAGCCUACCUCUCGUCUUCAAUCAAUCACGACUCAGCCAAUCAAUGAAUAGAUGGCACACUAUUCCCGGAAUUAUAAUCAUGAAAUACACUGAGACUGACUUUGAAGAAAUCCGUCAACUACUACAGAGGAUCCUUGUGGUUCUUCUGUGAAGAGCACAGGCGUUUCUAGUAGUUCUUCUAAAGCAUCAGCGCAUUUAUCUGGGCUUGCGGAGUAGCGUUAAACGCCAAAAACACGAAGAUCUUCUCGCUUCCCAACAAGCAACUUUGGGCGUAGAAGCGUUGAAACUUUAUGCUCGCUACCAUGCUCUCUACAUUCUAACUCCUUCGAAAUACUGGUCUUGGAAAGUCCUAGGCUCAUCUUAAUAUUAAUCAAAUCACACUACACGACCCGCUCUUCAUGAACUGGGUUGCUCAUCGUCUUCUAGUAGAAAAGUCGACUUACAUUUUUCUCUGCUUUAUUUAUAUGUACUUUGAAACGUCCUAGGUAAAUCUCAUUAUAUUUACUUUGACUAGUACUAGCAUGCUAUAGGUGAAGAGAAAUCAGCUCAGUUUUGAUACUAAGAUUCUUUUGGCAUUUUGUUUAUAGAUGACUCUGGAAGAAUACAGUAUCAGUACUCACAAAUCAAGUCAGUUUAGUGAAUACCAAGAUUUAUUAUAAGACUUCUUCUACACUUAUUUGGAAGAAAUCAGGUACUCUAAUGUUAGAAGAUCUUCACUUCUUCCAGCACUGUUCUCUUUGCUUCUACACUUAUUUGGAAGAAAUCAGUAGAAUGUAUGCCAUUCUAAUUACCACAGCAGUCUUUGCAGCGAAGAUCUUUCGGGUCCUCAAGGAGACUUCUGGGUUCGAGCAGAGCGCUUCUCAGUGGAUCGUCUUACUUAUGGGUCACCACAUCAUGGUCAUCUGAACGUUGUACUAGGGUUUUUUUUUGAAGAUGAAGCAAAGAAUCUUCUGCUUCUGUAGUAAAGGAUACUACUUACUUACUAUUGCUUACUACAACAAACACAAUGUACUAGAAGUCGUAGCCUUGUUCAUUGUUAACGACCUAAUCGUGGUACUUAAUAUUCAAUUCUGGUCGUGGUACUGGUAGAAAUAGAAUUACAAGGGCAUGCUCUAAUGUAUCAUGACAACACGAAGGCCCGAAUGGAUUACGAGCGGUCGCAGGCUUCGAUGGACAAGCUCAGGGCUGAGACGGCGGUUGAAAAGCCUGCCGCGGUAGCUGCCACCACAGAGGCUGCUUCAAUUAUGAAAAAUCACCACUAGAUGAUCGUGUUGUAUACUAUGAUAUUGUAGCACUUCUUUCUGACACAAGUAUCGCGUGAUAUAGGUGCGAAGCACUACACAGUCCGCCUGAGAGAUUCAUCAUGAAGAAAGUCUCAUGCAACUUCUCAACAUCUUGUCUUCUACAUCAGUACUCUCUUGUCGAUUCAUCUCGUUUGUCGUGGUCGAUUCAAUCACCUUCUAAGAAUACGCGGAUUACCUCUGCUACGGUGCGAGAGCAACAAAAAGUGCUAUUUCCACGUUUGACUGAGGAAGCCGGAGAGGACGAAUUCGAUGAUUAAGACAUAUUUUUAAAAACACAAGAUUACAACUACAACUAGAUUGAUAGAUUGAAAACAAAGUCCCGUCUUAGGCUCUCUCCCGUUUUAGUAGAUCCACAUCCGUUUUAGACUCGCACCCCGUUUUUUAGAGUGGGUCUAUCAUCUUAGGCAGAUUGCUGAAAAGAUUCACAGCGUCAGAUCAUCUGAGUGAGCAACUUCCUUCGUCAGUUCUCCACUUUUGUUCUUCUGUAUAAGAAAAUACUGUAGACCGGUUAGCUUUACCUCUAGAGACUUAGCCCUUCCAACAAUAUGUAGAGCUACAAGGUCAUUUAUUUUCUUUCCUCUAACAAGAACAAGGUGCUGAGAACAAGUCGACGCCGAAAGGGAAGAAAGAAGUCGGCUUUAAGUACAUGGGUCGCGAGCCAACGUCCUUCGGCGACUGGAGUCACAAAGGACGGGUCACGGACUUUUGAGGACAGUGAUAGUAUUAAGUGUGAAGAAGACUACAAUUUUACAAACGUUAACGUUAACCUUAUAAUUUUCAGUUGAUGUUGUAGGAAAUUAAUGAUUAUCUAUCACAGUUUUUUGUUUUUCCGGAAACAUGAUUCCACAAUCCAGCAAUAAAUUUCAAUUACGUUGUUAGAGCAUUCUUUUUAACAAAAUUUUGGUGGCCCUACAGUCGUGAACGAUUAACAUUUCGUAAAACUAGAGAGUGAGUAUUUGCUUUUCAACAUACUAGUACGGCCAUAAGAAGUCUACUAAUCGUCCAAGUUUCCUUCUCUUACUAGCAGAGAAAAAGCAUUUAAAGUAGAAGUCGAUCGGUCUUCACCGUUCGCACAUGAUUCGUCUAUUUCUAGUCUUUACCCGGCUGGUCACCGGGAGCUCCAGGCGAGCUAAACACCGCGCAAAACGUCGAAAGAUGGCCAGCGCAACUCCCUCGCCGAGUGCGGAGGAGCAACGAGAACGCAACGCGCAUACUCCUCGAGAGACGGCCGGCGCACUUCCUUUGCCGAAGGCGCGCGCCGGGCUUGCUCCGCAAGCGCUCCCCUGCGCCGUGCGUGUCUGGUGGGGUUUGUCAUUGCUUUUUCGUUUCCGCCUGCUCUGUUUGUGUGUGCUUAGGAUGGUCCACGCCCCUGCGGGGUGUCGAGGUGUACCACCUUCCGGGCGGCGGUUGCUUCUGGGUGUGGUUAGGCUAAAGGGAAUUAGCGCGCGUAGCCGUCUGGCUAAGGUUUUCGGCGGUGGUUCUGGGCUUUCCGCUCGACGCUGUUCCUGGUUGUUGUCCCUAGUGGCUGCAGAAUGCGCGCAGGCAUAGCGCAGGCAACCUGUUGACGAGGGGAAUCCGGAUAGGUCCCGCGUGCUGAUUCCACCUGAAAAUAUAGCCACAACAAUGGCGCAGCCUUCGUCGCUUGUCCUUAGAGUUCGCCACCGCACUGCCUGACCCUCGUCCGCUGGAUUGUCUCCCCGCUUGGGCAAUCCAGCGGACGCGCCACAGGUUUGGUACGCGUGCCUGCAUGCUGCAGCAUGCGGCUCCGUUCCUCGACGGGCUCGGGGCGGGGCGUAUGGUCUUCGCUUGCUUCUGAUGAUGAUGAAGAUGGGAGUAGCCGCACCUGCGUCGCUGUUUUCGUUUUUUGCUCAUUGACUAAAGCUGCUCGACAGGGAGUUCGGAUUAUUACGUCGCAACCGCCCCGGACAGACUUGUGCGCCGUGACUGUGCACCAUGACAGUCUUGGUGCGCGAGGAAGCUGCGGUGGGUGCGGCUGUUCUCUUGCUAAGCUGCUGAGUUUUGGCUGUAACUUUUUGCGCGCCUUGUAGGCGCUCCAGACCUUGAGGCAGUCUGCUAGGCUUGGCUCUAUCUUUGUCCUUCUUGCGCUAGUAUAGCGCGCGGGGUACUGUAGUGCACAGCCCGCCCCACCCCGGGUCUUCCUCGCCCCCGUUGUUAUUAUUACUAUUUCUGGUCGUAGUCUUCAUUUAUGACACAACAAAAGGCUGCGUCUGUAUUGUAUGAUUAUAAUUAUUGUCAUUCAUUCAAUGGAUAGUACGUGGAGACAUCAGAAACAGUGGGAUAAUUACAGAGCAUGCGUGUGACGGGCUGUGUAGAAAAGUCGCUACAAAAGUCUUCACUUAUUUACUUAAAGCCUGUACAAUAUGGUUUUUUGUUGUCGUGUUUUUCAUUGUACAUAGAUUUAGAUAGUCAUUCGAAUCUUGACAGGCAUUACCACUGGCAUUAUGGCGCCAUUACUCCAUCAGUGCUACUACUACGUUGUACUACUACUAACCUCUAGGGCCUACGAGAGGGUGUUACAAGAAGUUUUUGAACAUCAAAUUCAAAAGUUUUUUACCGUACCAAAGUGGAACUCGUCACCAGCCAGG